CGUGCGCCAGGCGGCGCGGCCAUUGGUCCCCGCGCCUCCUGGUCCCGCCCCGGGCCCUCCACCCGGCCCUGCGCGCUCGUCCUCGCGCCAGUCUCGCUGACAGUGCGGCGGCGCUGCGGACGUCUAGUCACCUGCCGGCAGCAAGCAGAAGGUCACUGGGCAUGGCACACCUCAGCUACUGGCUGCUGGUCCUCUUCGUGGCCGCAUGGAGUGACGUGGGCCUUUGCAAGAAGCGGCCAAAGCCUGGAGGAGGAUGGAACACCGGCGGGAGCCGAUACCCGGGUCAGGGCAGCCCAGGAGGCAACCGUUACCCACCCCAGGGUGGCGGAUGGGGUCAGCCCCAUGGCGGUGGCUGGGGUCAGCCCCACGGUGGUGGCUGGGGUCAGCCUCACGGUGGCGGCUGGGGUCAGCCCCAUGGUGGCGGCUGGGGUCAAGGAGGUACCCACAAUCAGUGGGGUAAGCCCAGUAAGCCAAAAACCAACAUGAAACAUGUGGCAGGUGCCGCGGCGGCGGGGGCAGUGGUUGGGGGUCUGGGCGGCUACAUGCUGGGGAGCGCCAUGAGCAGACCCAUCAUACACUUCGGCAACGAGUACGAGGACCGUUACUAUCGGGAUAACAUGUACCGUUACCCCAACCAAGUGUAUUACAAGCCUGUAGACCAGUACAGCAACCAGAACAACUUUGUGCACGACUGCGUGAACAUCACGAUCAAGCAGCACACGGUGACCACCACCACCAAAGGAGAGAACUUCACCGAGACCGACAUCAAGAUGAUGGAACGCGUGGUGGAGCAGAUGUGUGUCACCCAGUACCAGCAGGAGUACCAGGCCUCCUACCAGAGGGCAGCCAGUGUGGUGGUCUUCUCCUCGCCGCCCGUGAUUCUGCUCAUCUCCUUCCUCAUUUUCCUGAUAGUGGGAUGAGCAAGGGCUUUUCCUUGCUUCUGCUGCUGUCUGCAUCUUCGUCCGUGUGGGGGGUGGGGAGGGGUGUCCACCUGCAGCCCCAUGAGUGGUGGAGUCUCAUUCUUGCUUCUCUCUCUCUCUCUCUCUCCCGCCCCCUCUCACCCAUGGACUGACAACCCUGGGCACCGGCAGACACUGGGAAAC